AUAUGUAGAACGGAUUACAUUCAUAGUCGUAAUUUUAUCCAUCGGGACAUCAAGCCGGAUAACUUUCUGAUGGGCUUGGGAAAGAAGGGGAAUCUCGUGUACAUUAUAGAUUUUGGACUGGCUAAGAAAUACCGCGAUGGCCGUACACACAAGCACAUACCCUAUCGAGAAAACAAGAAUUUAACAGGCACAGCCAGAUAUGCAAGCAUUAAUACGCAUCUGGGAAUUGAACAGUCACGGCGGGACGACCUUGAAUCCUUGGGGUAUGUUCUCAUGUACUUCAAUAGAGGUAGUUUACCCUGGCAAGGUUUAAAGGCGGCGACUAAAAGACAAAAGUACGAACGUAUCUCUGAAAAGAAGAUGUCUACACCUGUCGAAGAACUGUGCAAGGGUUAUCCUGAGUUCGCGUCGUACCUAAGGUAUUGUCGAGGACUACGAUUCGAGGAGAGGCCUGACUACUCGUACCUCCGGCAACUCUUCCGGACGUUGUUUCACGGACAAGGCUUCACGUACGAUUACGUCUUCGAUUGGAAUAUGCUGAAAUUUGGCAACGUGAGGCAACAGACGUUAUCAUCGACGCAACAGACAACGGCGAUGCAGUCGCAACAUACGAACGCGGCGCUGCCAUCCGGGACCAAUAACGAUCAGGAACAUCGAUCUAGGCCCUACACACGGCAGUGUUUAGCAAACAUAUCAGUGGGGACAGUGGGCCCGACUGUGGGUGGGACAACCACGAACUUGAGAAGCAUGCGGCAAAAACGCGAGGCGAUAGACGCUCUUCGCGAUCAGGACAAUCAGGAGAGCGAUCUUCAAGGUAAACCACAGUUCUACCCAAAAUUAAAUUGUUCUAAGCCGGUUAUAACAAACCAGCAAACGAUGCGGCUGGUAGUUGAACAUCCGCAGCUAGCUGGCGGCAACGAAACGCCACGCGCGACCAACCCGUGUCAGUUCAGUACGUUUAAAUCAUCGCCGGUUAGAACAGCUCUGGAAGCGUCCCUGGACGUCGCGGGCCUUAACGUAGGAGCGAACCGCGAGGCGACCUUGAACCGUGCCGAGUUAAAUUGUAGCACGUCCCGUGAUUACACGGCGAACAGAUUGGCGGAUAGUAGCCCGGCUGGGUCGUUUCAUCAGCCAGACGUCAGUUAUUUCUUUCAAUUGUACAAACGCAAGAAUGAGAUAGACUUCGAGGUGAUGAUGUUCGAUCGUCUGACGCUGGACGAGAAAGGAAAGGCUGACCAGGAGGAGGAUGCGCGCGCGGCGGCAUCCGGCGGAUCGUUGAACUGUUUCGGUGGCUUGGACAAAGACAAAAGCGACGACGACAAGAAGCAGAAAGCUUCGACGCCCGGUGGCCGGCAUCAUCAUCAUCAUCAUCAUUAUCAUCAUCAUCAUCAUGCCUCGGGCCACCACGAUGUCCGCCGAGAUUCCGGAAACGUGGUGGAGUUCCUCGAGAAAGAGGGCGAGAUCUUCAAGAUAAGCAGCAGCGAACUGCUGCAGGAAGCAUCCGCGAGGAAGAAGCGGAAUUUCUCUUUCAAUAACAAAGAGAAGAGCCACAGAAGCUUAGAGUCGUUGGAAAGAAGCAUAGACCUCUCGGCGAAGGAUUCGAAAAGCUUGGAUCUGCUGUUCGAGGAACGUUCGAAGGCAUUUUUUCACGGGAAACAACGGAGCCUCGAUUCCUCCCACAAGUCAAAAAAGUCCGUGGAUUCGUCCGGCAACAAGGCGCGAAAACGGCCGAAUUUCUUUCAACGUGUACGAAGAAGCUGGCAUUUUUUACUCAUGCAGCGCAGAAUCAAGCGGCGAAAUAAAUACGAACAGCCACUGAGCGGCCGGGAGAAGUGCGAGUAUUUUUUGCACCGCCACUGCAAAAGCGAGAUGCUCGAGCCUGCCUCGAACUCGUCGCUCGCUCGUCUGCAAAAAGCCGAAUUGAGUCCCGAUGUUUCGCCUGAGCAAGACGACGACACCAUCGACGAUAAAGCCGCCGAGGCAGUUUCGAAAGCAGAUGGGAAAGACGAGAAAGAGGUUGCAGUUUUGUUGGAUGAUGGAGGCGGUACGAUUGGCGCAAAGAUAGACGGGCAAAACGGAUCGCCUGGCGAUCAGAAUGUCAGCGACAAGCCACCGAAAGACAACAAAGGCGCGGAGAAACCAUCUCAGUUGGUCACUGAGAAUAACAUCUCGCGAAAAUUGCAAGAAGUUAUUGGCACUGAAAAGAAGGAGCAUAUCGUGGACUGGGUAGUCACUAUAGCGAAUUUAGAUACUCUGAGUCAUGCUACCCGUUCCAACGAAACCGUCAGCUAUGGCAUAUUGCACGGUACACGUGGUAUCUUGAAGGGAAUACUGUUCGACAUUUUCCUCUGCGGACAGGUGAGAAUUACGACACGACGAAAUAUCACAAUAGACAAAUAUUACUGUUGCACCGAUAUUGCAUCCAUUGUUUCGGAUCAGCAUCAACCUCAUCUUUCUCCCAUGACCUGGAAACGUCGACAUUGUACGUCCACGUACCUGUACUCGUCGGGUUGUGCCGUACAGCCUGCUUCA